AUGCAAAACAACUUACAAAAACUCAAAUUACUUCUAAAAGGCAUGAAAAGUAAGAAACAAGCAUCCGAAAAGGCGGAGAAAAGCAAUGAAAAGAAAAAGGGGAAGCUCCACCGGAGUCUCAAGGCCAAAGUCGUCAUUUCGAAAACUGGGGAAAUUUCGAAUGGGUUUUUGGCACAGCUGCAAAACAAGGUGAAGGGAUCGAAGUUUCGAUGGAUCAAUGAGCAACUUUACACACAGAGCGGAGAAGACUCCCUGCGAAUGAUCAAAGAGGAUGAAAGUCUAUUCGAUGUUUAUCACCAAGGAUUUCGUGAGCAAGUCACUCGCUGGCCUUUAGUCCCUGUAGAUGUAUUUAUCAGUGUAUUAAAAAAGCUCCCAAAGAAAGAGGUUGGAGAUUUUGGUUGUGGCGAUGGAAAAAUAUACAAAGAAUGCAAAAACCAUGUGGUGCACAGCUUUGACUUGGUGUCGAAGGAAGAUUUCAUUACUGCCUGUGACAUUGCAAACGUUCCUUUAGCAGACAAGUCCCUGGACAUUGCUGUCUAUUGUUUGGCAUUGAUGGGGACGAACUGGAGUGAGUUUAUCGUGGAAAGCAAUCGCUGUUUGAAACUGAAUGGUCAACUUUGGAUUGCGGAAGUGCGAAGUCGUUUUGAAAGCAGCGAGAUCGGAGGUGAAAAAGGUUUUAUCAGCACGAUCGAGAAGCUAGGCUUUCGUUUAAUUCGGAAAGUACGUUUUAUUGGGUGA